AUGGACGCAGGCGGUCUCGCUCAGAUGUCUUCAAGCAAUUUCAAUUCGGCCAACGGCCUGCCCAUGCCCGCUGGUGGCCUGGCUUCUCGUCGAGGCGGCCAAAACAUCAAGCCCCUCUCAUUCGACGCCAUCAAGCAGGGCAAUGCCAAUAAGGAUGGCGGUGUCCCUACGCCUCGCACAAGUCGUUCCCACCUCCUUGCCGGCCUACGGACAGCUCCCAAGUCUGCGACUGCAGCCACGUUUGGUCCCACGUCUCCCGUCUCAAAUGCUACACCUCAGCAAUACGCCAGGCGUAGCAUUGCUGCCAACCUCCACGGUUAUGGCCAGGAGAGUGCCUUCAAUGCCGUCCCCAAGACGGCAUUCCCACAAUAUGGCGCCCAACAGAGCUCAUAUCAGAACAUGAUGGGCAACCAGCAAUACACCGUCGACCAGGUUUUGGCCCCUCCCGAGCUUUCCAUGGAUGAGCAGGCCCAAGAGCAUAUGGAUCCCAACCUGUAUGCUCAGCUCGUCGCCACCAACCUGUACCUUGCCCAGCAGCAGCAGAGACUUCAGCAACAACUUAGAAAUGUCCAGGCCGCAGCCCAGCAAUUCCAGCAGCUCAAUCUGUCUAGCGCCCAGCACGCCCAGCUUGCUCAGCAGCAAAUGGCCCUUUAUGAGCAGCAGCAACAGCUCCGCAACAUGCAGCAGCAGCUGGGAGUUCAAGCCGCCAUCAGUCAGGGUCAGCAGGUUUACUACAACCCAGCCACUGGCCAGUACUAUGUUGAUAAUUCCUCCGCGGUUACAGCUCAGCAAGUCAGCUCUCCUUAUGUCGAGCAGCCCAUGUCGCCCACUUUUAGUAAAGGUCUCCAACAGCAGCUCCAGCAGCAUCAAUUUCAGCAGCAACAACAGCAAUAUCAACAGUCUCAGCAGGGAACCCCACGGGUUCAGGUCUCUCCACCACCCGAGAAUCACCAGACUAGCUUCCGCACCAGCUCACCUCCCAAGCGUUACGAGUCACCGUCGGAAGUCACCCCGCUACCUCCUCCGUCCGCCAACGCCUUCCGUCGUGGCCAUAAGAAGGCCUCGUCUCUUGCGCCCGUCAAUAGCGCUCUGGCUGCACUGAGCACAUCUGGUGAUGCCCCCAAAUCUGCCGGCCCAAAGACGGCUUCUUUCCCUUUGACACCAUUGACGGGAGGCUAUGGUCCAGGUCAAGCUCGCGCUGGCGAGCAUCCUGUUCGGCAGCCACGAGGACCCCCUUCGCUGGACGAGCUCAAGUCGAAGCCUACUGCCAAGCAUGAAGGAAGCAAGAACUUUGCUGCUCGUACCCGUCGGUCCGCUGUGCACAACUUGGUCCGAGCUGGCCUGGAGCGCCGCAAGGGUACGAGUAGUUCCGCAGGUAGCAUGAGCCCCGUGUCUGAAACUGCUGAAGAUUCGUGCUCGCCAAUCACCGACAACGACUCUGAUUCUGGGCGAAGCGGCUCCGGCAGCCUGGCUGGCGAAGAGGAAUGCACCAGCUCUCGCACCUCGGCUAGCGGCAGUUGGGGAGCUAUCGGCUCUGACCGACCUAGCUCUCGCCAGAAGGCCCGCGGAAGCGUGGACAGCAUUGGCAGCAACGAGCCUGUAUUCCUUGGCGAGGCUGAGACUACCAGCUCCUUUGCUAACGUGUUCAAAAAUGGUGCCCUGCGUGCUACCAAGGCACAAGAGGCGACUGACGCCCAGCGCAAAGCCCCUAGACUUGUUCUGACCAGCGUUGAAAAGCGCAAGGCUACCCCUGUCGCAUAA